UUUGCAAAGCGGAAAGGAAUCUACAGCGACGACGGAGACGAUGAAGCUGCUGUCAUCCAGGUCCACGACAUGUUUCCUAUUGGUCAUCCUCGUAGCGACACCACUGUGCUCGGCCCAAAGAAGAUCCAGACGCUGCCGGGAGCCUAUGAACCGUAAAAUGGACAUUGAUGACCGACUACGUGACAGUUUUUACCAAGGUCCCCCUCUCCUCGACACCGUUGCCAAUUUUUCCACCAUCCCAGACCAGUUCGUCAGAGUAAGACACACCAUCUUUGCAGGCGAGCCCCAGUGCCCGACGUGGGAGGAGGCCGUGCGGCUCCAUGAGGGGAAGGUCUGCCCCUUCCACUACGUGCUCAACUACGACGAGAACAGAAUCCCCAACACCGUGGUGGAGACAGAGUGUAACUGUGUGGAAUGUCUCAGACCGGACAAUGGCCCCUCAAACCUUAUGGACUGCCUGCCUAUAAUAUAUUACACCAAAGUGUUCCGCAGGACCGGGUGUGUGGAGGGCGUGUAUCGGUAUGCCGCCAUAUGGGAGCCGCUCAAGAUCGGAUGUCAGUGUGCGCAUGCGCCAAGUCGCUUUACAGACAGUCAUCCAGAAAGAUCUCUACCUUAGACAGUGUAAAUCCUCUCUGUACCGUCAUGCUCUUGAAAUGUUCUGCGAAAUAGGUAAUACUCUGAUAAACAUUCAAAGGGUACUCGGAUAUCUUUUGUUUCAACAUUUACAGUACACUUUCGUGGGCACUCAUUGUUUUGGGCAUUAUUUUCUCAACUGUUGUGAAUCUCAGGGUA